AUGGAUGCAUCGGCGGUGGCCUCUCCUGUGACGGAAGGCAAAAGCAACAACACUAAUAACUACAGCAUAGCGCAGUCUGACAUGACCCAUGACUCCAUGGUCACCGUGCCCUUAUCCGGUCCACCCUCGCUUGCCAUCGACACGAAUAUCCCCGUACCGCUUGGUCCGAGCUGGCUAGGGAGGAGUACGGAAACGAUAGGGUCUGGGCAGCAAGAUGCGGUCUCCGACCUGUUGGCUACUUCGGCAGGGAGGAGUAGCGUGGCCGUGGACGUGGACGAUGGGACCACUCCGCAGGACGAUACCCCUAGGCCGCAGGAGGCAGUACGGAGCCUCGAAACCGAGUUACAGGAAUCCGGCGAUGACGAUGACGAGAGACAGCGAACCGUGGAUACCCCGACUCCCUCGACCCCGACGCGUGAGCCCUCGGUGAACUGGGACGAACUACAGAAGACUGAGAACGAACAGCCAAAGGAUGAGCAGAUGGGAAAUUCUGCGAAUCUCGCUCUACGUUACUCGAUGCUACCGCCCCCUCCGAUGACCGAUUUAGAAUUCUACGCCGCGCUGGUGAAGGACUAUCAACAGACGGCCGAGAGGCUGCCUACCCUGUUAACGAACAAGAUCCGAAAGGGCAUACCGCCGCCCUUGCGAGGCGUGGUGUGGCAGAGCAUCUCGGACGCGCGUGACGCCGCUUUGGAAGAGGAAUACGACCGAUUAUGUGGCGAGACGAGCCCCGUCGACCCCGUCUUCAGCAAGGAGCUUGCCCGGAGCUUCCCGUCCGGCGGCGAUGGCCAGCGCAUGCUCGCACAGGUGCUCAAGUCCUUUAGCUUGUACGACCCUGAGAUUGGGUACUGCCAAGGCCUGGCUUACCUGGUAGGCCCGCUGCUGAUGCACAUGCCUGACAAGGCCGCCUUUUGCGUGCUCGUUCGGUAA